CGCACGUCCGACGCCAUUCGGGAAGCGGUUCCCAGACUCCAAGGGCGUAUCACGCGCCUCCACCUCUCUGUCUAUCGCCGGACGAUCAUCUGCGCCUUACAUCGUGCCGCCUCCUUCUGACCGCCGCUCCUCGAGGAUGAAGGUGUCCAAGACGGCGAUGAUCAAGCAAGGGCAGGAGGAGAACGAUACCACUGCCCUACAACCUGGAGCUGUCGGAUGGUCCUCUCACCCUCAGCCCGUCAAAGUUGCUGGGUGGCACACGGGUUCCUCUAGCGGGCAACACCGAGAGGAGGCACGCAUCAACGACUACCUCAAGGAUCCUGGCUUCAUAGCGUUAUACGAAGCCCUCUGCGCACAAUUCGCCUUCCGCGCUUCUGAGGCCCUCCAGAUCCCGACUCAGGUGGGGGCAGCUGCAGACCACUACUGGACGGUCGACUCCCAGUCCCCAGCCUUGGGUUGCCACGUCGCCGGGGCGGCGUCCAACGGAACGGCGGCCCCGACUGCCCCCACCCUCCCUGUGCCUUCCAGAACGACCGCGUUCGAGCAGACGAACAUGCUAAACGCGGGCUCGGGUCCCUUCCCGGUCCACAACGGCCACAUCCCAAAUACAUGGCUGUGGGACGAGUCAGUGUUCGCGGAUUCAUCUGCGUCGGGAGAGCUUCCCUCGUUUCUCGAAGACGCCUUCUCUACUGGCCCGUCGCAGUGGAUGUCGACCUCCACUUUGGACAAUCCUGAGAACCACGUCUGCUUGUAGCUCUGAAGGGGCGAUUCGGCGUUGUCACGGUGGAGCAUAGGACGGAUCGUCUUGCUAUGUCCGUCCUUCCGCGCGACUCUUCCAUCCUCUCUCGCAUGCAUCCAUUAUCUCCCGCUCCACAUGUUACAUU